GGAAGAGGAACUCUCGGAGGUUAUCAUUAGCUUCCAGUUUGGCGGCGCUUUCUCCAAGCGAUAUCUUUCGUGUUCCCACGUGGUUUUGUUAUUGGGCAUGGAGGCGACCGAGGCUUCUGUAGUGGCGACUCCUAAGCCGAGACUAGAGCUCUGUGGGACCUGGAUGGUGGUCAGAGGGGGGACCAAGCUGCUAGCCGCCCGCUAUAAAGAGCCCAGCCAAGAUGAUCUCUUUGUAUAUGAUUGUACCACUGCAGGCAAGAAACCUCAAGAAAACAAAGGAGAGGAUGGAAAAUCAGCAGGUAAAUCAAGUGAUACUAUCCUUGCCUGUGCAUUUUCUUCCUCUGGAACCUAUGUUGCUCUCACGGAUGACCGGAAACGUCUGAUUCUUUUUCGUACUAAACCAUCCUGGGAGUGCCUGAGUGUAAGGCUUGUCACUAGAAGAUGCACCUCCUUGAUUAUAACAACCAUGGAAGAUAAGAUUGUGGUUGCUGACAAAUCUGGAGAUGUCUAUUCUUAUUCAAUAGCAGAACCAGAAAAGACAGGAACAAUUGAACUUGGCCACCUGUCUCUUCUACUGGAUGUGGCUUUGAGUCCUGAUGACCAGUAUAUCCUUACAGCUGAUCGAGAUGAGAAGAUACGAGUUAGUUUGAUGAGAGCACCACAUAACAUUGUCUCCUUCUGUCUGGGACACAGAGAGUUUGUCAGUCGGAUAUUUGUGAUACCAAACUAUCCAGAUCUUCUCUUAUCAGCUUCUGGGGACUGUACACUGAGGCUUUGGGAGUACAAAAGUGGGAAAGAAGUCUAUUGUUGCCAUUUGAAUAGUUUAAAUACAUGUGAUGCCAGUAAAAAUGAGAAGAAAUAUACAGUCUCAAGAACAACCUAUUGUUGUGAAGGAAAUUAUAUUGCCAUUUUAUAUGACUGUAUUCCUACAGUAUCCAUCUUCCAGCUUGAUGCUGAUGCUCAGAAACUCCUUUGCAAACAGCAUAUCUCCUUGAAUCACCAAGGCUGGGACAUUGCAUUUGAGGAGACUGGUGGGCUCUGGAUUCUGCAAGAGGAUAAGCAAACACCACUUCUAUUGUACCAACCUGUGGAUGGACAGUGGCAGUCCGUUAUUGAAGAGAAACAAUUGAUAAAAAUGUCAAAAUACUUUCAUGACAACUGGACAGCAUUUGAAGAUUCCGUUGGCAAAGGAAGCUGCUAUCAGAAUCUUUACAAGGCUUCUUUUGAUAACAUGGCUGUUUACCUGCAAAAGAAAGAAGAAAGACUACAGCAGAAGAAGAAUAAGAGAAAGGAAGUGCAGUGUGAAUCAAAUGGACAGACAAAGAAGGUCAAAACAGAAGGGCCAUCCUUGUGAUUUGGUUAUGACUUACAAAAAGCAUCAAGUAGCUGAUUUGAGAACUUGAAUUUUUCACUGGGACUCAGUGAGUAACAAGCUGAUUUGGUGCCUAUCACAGUAUACCAUCUGAGAAAUACAAGUAUUAAAAGAAUUUAGUUGAUUACUGGGAUGUUAUCCAUCUCAUUGGCAAUUAUGUAUUGUGUACAUCGUUUCUGGUCUUGAACGCCAACUUGGAUGUUAUUGGGUUAUGAUGGCAGGCAUGGCAAGGAGAGGGGCAGGCUGAGAUAUUUCCUUCUCUAAAUCCCGCUGAGAGAUUGUCACAUUUACUUUCUCACAUGUGUUACCAAGUCUUAAUGUGCAUUAGAGGAAUUUGAAAAUAUGGUAGGUGGAGGCCAGCAUAGAGUGCGAUGAUCCUUGUGGUUCUACCAUGAAUUGAAGGGGUAGAAACAUCAUACCAGUGAUAUACUUAUAGAAUCAAAUGAAUAUCAUGCUCUACUGGACCAAUAAUGGAACUGACAACAGGGCAGUCUUCAUGAAGAAAUCUCCAUUUCAUGAUUGAUACCAUAAUGAAGGUAUGGGUUUGCUUAUUAUAAAAAUUAGAUUUUUUUAGUAUAUGGGGAAAAAAUGAUAAAUGCCAAUUUGAAAUCUGAUUUAGACUGUAAGCAACCACCAUAAAAUUUUCUUUUGCUUACUGGAAAGCUUCAAUUUAGUUCUGCUCCAGCACUCCAUGAGAAGCAGUGGUUUUGACAUGCUGUAAAAUGUGUCAACUCAGUGCUAUUAUUUAAAGGAUUUGAUUUCUGGGUGAAAACAGGCGUGUACCCAAGCAAGAACUUGUUGUGUGUUACAACAUAUAUGUACAUAUGGGUUUUUUUCUGUUUUGAAGAUGGAAUAAUUUUUAAAGCUAAGGGAUAAACUAAAUUAUGGUCUGUGAGGACUGAACCAUUACAAGUAAGCAAUCACACUAACUACUUUUCCAUUUGAAAUCAGGGAAACUACUGAGUCUGAACUGAAAAAUUAAAGUAUCAGAAUGGU